CCGCCCUGCCUGGGGCUCCUCUACCAUCUAUUUACAUGACAUAGUACAGAAAAAAUCGAUAAGAAGGCAAUAUAUUGUCGGGAUUAGCAUUACUUGUUAAAAUGAAGGUUCCAGAGGAGGAAUUAAUGAGUGAUAUUUUGAAGCGCUUGACGGGAGAGUCAGCACUGCCUGUUUACAACAACAUCGAAAAGUUUAAACGAGGGAAGGACGGAUUAUAUUUCGUCAAUGAAGACUUCAGUGAAACUGUGAAAAAAAGAGAGCUGGUCAACGCCAAGGAACGACUGAGAAUCAGGAACUUGAACACCAUGUUCUCUCGCUUGAAGCGCAUGGUGCCACUUAUGCGACCAGACCGGAAACCCAGUAAAGUGGACACCCUUAAAGCUGCAACAGAAUACAUUCGAUUGCUUGUUGCAGUUUUGCAAGACACUGACAAUGAUGAUGGCAGUGGGACUGAUUUCCUAAAGAAUGCAAUCACUUUUGGUCAGAGUGACGGCUUUGGCAGUGAUCUAUGGAGAGUGGAUGAUUUGCUGAACAUGUCAGAGGAGCGCAUGGAAGAUGGAUUCACCAUGCCCCCAGAUUCAGGAACAGAGGACGGAGAUAUGACCAGGCUGGUGUUGCAACAUUGCAUGAUGCCUGCAUACCAGUUCAUCAUCCAAGUAGCACCUGAUCAGCCUUCAAUGUCUCAACCCUGCUGAGUGGUGUUUAAAGCAGAUUGCUUGGACCAAUAUUUGGAAACCUGCCAGGUGUCGUUGCUUUGAAGAAAGGAUUCUUCUUGAAGAAAAUGCAAUUUUAUUUGUCUUAUUUAAUUUUACUUUUGAAAUGUAGCCGACAUUUUGUUUGAGUACAUAUAAAUGUGUUUUUAUUUUUAAUUUACAAACUGUAUCCUUGGCAGCCCAUAAAUAAAAUUGACAAGAGAG